AUGUCGACCAACAUAACAAACUCAACAAUUUUAGACGAGGUCAUAGACAAUGACACCGAUUUUUCAUUCUUGAAACUCGUUCAAUCAAUUGUUGAUGCCAUUUGGGAGCAAAGUGGCCUGUCAGAAAUGAACAACAAUACGUGGUCCAGAUUUGGUGCAAUAACUUUUUAUUGCUGUUCAGUAUAUGGCCUAGCUUGUUUGGUAAUGGCAUUGAUAUUAAAUAGGACAUUGGUCAUGGCCUCAACCAAUAGUAUUCACAAUCAGCAAAUGGCCAUUAAUCGGCAACGGCAGAUAAGUGGGAAUAGAGGAUUGAUAGACGCAUACAAACUGGCUGCAACUUUGAAAAAGCUUAGCAUUUUGAGCUUUCGAGUGGGAAUUGUCUUGGUUUUAUUAUAUCAAAUAUAUAAUAUCCUCGUCGUACUAAAAUUGAACCAACAUUUGGGGUUGGCUAAUUCAUCAAAUAUUAAAUGGCUUUACAACCUUAUUCCAGAAGCGCUUUUCACAUAUUCACCUGAACAAUUUGCAAAAACAAAGUACAUGAAAACACCGGAAAAACAAGUCAUGAUUGGACCCACGAGUGAUAUGUAUUGGCCCAUUUUCUUAACAUUUUGUUUCCUGGCAUUUAUUGAAACUUUCAUUGCUUGUAUUCAAGGUAGAAAGCCCUUCACUGAGAGUGGUAUCACGAUUUUCGAACAUUCUUUAGCAUUUCAAGAAUUUAGCAGUAAUGGUGCUUUCUUCUUUAGUAAUUCAUACAGUUAUAAGAGACCCACUGAGCAGAUGUUGAUCACAUCGCUUUUCCUGGUAUUGAAUCAUUUGAAUAUACAUGUGGGGGCGAUUUUAAACAAUAACAAGUACAGGUUAAUACCGCUGACUACACUUGGUUUGGGGUAUUUGUUUUAUUUUGUUACUGCAAUUUGGAAAAAGAAGAUAUUUCAGUUCCCCAUUAUUUUGGUGUUGACAUUCACUCCACAAGUGUUGAUUUUAUUUGUUAUAUUGGUCAGUUUAGCAAUCUUGAUCACUGCAAUAGCUGUCAAUGGUUUUAGAUUUGAGGGAUUGAAUUAUGCCAGCUUUUUCAUUCAUGAGGAGCAAAUUCAAGAUGAAUCUGGAGAAAAUGAAGCGGUUGAAGAGCAAGACAUCAACUCGCUCUCAAACUUCAAUAUCAAAUUGAGCGAUGAUUUUUAUACGGCACUACUAAACUUGGGUGUUUUGGCAAUUACUCUGGCUGGGAAAUCCAGCUACAUAAAGGAAUUGAGUCUUGUUACUUUGGACAAUGAAACAUGGGUUGAGAGAAGUCUCUGGCAACAGGUCAGGCUGAGAGAGAUAUCAGAUGCUAAUGCAAACAGUUUAUUGCGUGGGAUAAAACAAAAGAGAGUGGGUUAUUCCAACUUAAUUGAGACACCAACCUCCAAGCUUGUAACACAUGGCGAUUUAACUUCAGAUUCCAAUCAAUCCACUCGUGAAAAUCCGUAUCAUACAAGGAGUAUAUUUAAAAGAAGAUUUUUAUAUUUGAAGAGGAUUGUUUUUGAUUUUGUGCAGCUCAUAUAUGGCAUUGCUAUUGGUAACUUUAUAUUGCAGUGGAUCCCCAACUUAUUUAGGAGGCUAUUCAAGAGAGAAGCAAGAAGGUCUCGUGAAAACAGUCAUAAAGGCCUUGCCAAACGUUCUGGUCCAUCAUCUGGCAGACAAUUGCUUCAGCUAGAUUAUCUCACUGCCGAACAAUUAGAACAAAAUUAUGCAUCGAUCCUUGCUGGUGAGGACUUGUCCAAUAUUGACAACUCGGAGGACUACAUUGUUUCUGCUGAAGAAUCAGAUUAUGAAUCGGAUGCUGAGGUGAUAGAUCUUACAAUCAACCCGCAAACGAGAGGUUCCACUCAAAUAAAUUAUAACGUUUCCAACUCGACACCGUUGCAAGAAAUAUUUGAUGAUGACGGAUUAAAGGAAUUUCUUGAAGUGUCGAGUGAAGACAAUUUACAAAUGGUACGUGAUCAUUUAAAUUACGAAGGACGAUUGACACGAUCAAGGUAUCGCAAAAUGCAUGCAAACAGUAAUACGAACUUCAAUUCAAAAGAUGAAAGUGAAAAGCUUAUUGAGUUGAUUAUUUCAAAAAGAAGCCAGGCUAAUGGCGACACUGCCAAUGAAAAUCAUAGAUCAAUGGAAUGUGUCAUUUGUCAAACAAACAUGAGAGAGAUUAUCACUUGGCCAUGUAAGUGUUUUGCCAUUUGCGAAUCUUGUCGAUUGAGUUUAGUUAGUAAAGGCUUCGAAGGAUGUGUUUGUUGCAGACGAGAUGUUGAAGGUGUUUCCAAAAUUUAUCUUCCUUGA